GAGCAUGCAUUUCAGUCAGCUGACCUGUCUUGUGAUAGCAGCCAGGCUCGACUUGUGUAGCUUGACUUGCUGUUGUAGGGUGACUUACUUCGAUACGUUUCACGUCUCUUAUUUGUUGGUUUUACUUGAAUAAAAAUUCACGAUGACAAGCCGUGGGUUAUCAAAGAUUAGUAACGAGGAGAGGGAAACCAAAUUUGGCUAUGUAUAUGCUGUAUCUGGUCCUGUUGUCACUGCUGAGAAGAUGGCAGGAUCAGCUAUGUACGAACUAGUGAGAGUAGGAUAUUACGAACUGGUAGGAGAAAUUAUUCGUUUAGAAGGUGACAUGGCUACCAUUCAGGUCUACGAAGAAACCAGCGGUGUAACUGUAGGAGAUCCUGUCCUACGUACAGGAAAACCAUUGUCUGUAGAACUUGGGCCUGGUAUCCUUGGAAGUAUUUUUGAUGGUAUUCAGAGACCGUUAAAAGAUAUCAAUGAGCUUACAGGCUCAAUUUAUAUCCCAAAAGGUAUUAAUAUACCAGCUUUAUCAAGAACCGCUAGUUGGGAGUUUAAUCCAUCCAAUAUAAAGAAUGGUAGCCACAUUACCGGAGGAGAUCUGUUUGGCAUAGUUUUUGAAAAUACAUUAGUGAAACAUAAAAUGAUUUUACCUCCCAAAAGUAAGGGAACUGUUACUUUCAUUGCACCUCCUGGAAACUAUACAGUUAACGAUAUUGUUUUGGAGACAGAAUUUGAUGGCGAUAGACACAAGUAUAGCAUGCUUCAGGUAUGGCCGGUACGUCAACCGCGUCCGGUGACUGAAAAAUUGCCAGCUAACCAUCCCCUACUCACUGGGCAACGAGUUUUGGAUUCUCUUUUCCCAUGCGUCCAAGGUGGAACAACCGCUAUUCCAGGAGCUUUCGGUUGUGGUAAAACUGUUAUUUCGCAAGCUUUAUCAAAGUACUCAAACUCCGAUGUCAUCAUUUACGUUGGUUGCGGAGAACGUGGUAACGAAAUGUCUGAGGUACUUCGUGAUUUCCCUGAACUAACUGUAGAAAUUGACGGUGUCACCGAGUCUAUUAUGAAGCGUACAGCUUUGGUUGCUAAUACCUCAAACAUGCCUGUGGCUGCUCGUGAGGCAUCAAUUUACACCGGUAUCACGUUGUCAGAAUACUUCAGAGAUAUGGGUUACAAUGUAUCCAUGAUGGCAGAUUCAACAUCACGUUGGGCAGAAGCUCUUCGUGAGAUUUCUGGUCGAUUGGCUGAAAUGCCUGCCGAUUCUGGUUAUCCUGCUUAUCUUGGAGCUCGACUUGCCAGUUUCUACGAGCGUGCAGGAAGAGUCAAAUGUUUAGGUAAUCCUGAUCGCGAAGGUUCUGUUAGUAUAGUGGGUGCCGUAUCACCGCCUGGUGGUGACUUCUCUGAUCCCGUUACCAGUGCAACUCUUGGUAUCGUGCAGGUGUUCUGGGGUCUUGAUAAGAAACUCGCUCAGCGCAAACAUUUUCCAUCUAUCAAUUGGCUUAUUUCAUACAGUAAAUACCUGCGAGCUUUAGAUGACUUCUACGAUAAAAAUUUCCAAGAAUUCGUACCUUUGAGAACCAAAGUUAAGGAAAUCUUACAAGAAGAGGAAGAUCUGUCAGAAAUUGUACAGUUAGUUGGUAAAGCUUCUCUCGCUGAAACGGAUAAAAUUACUCUGGAGGUUGCAAAACUUCUCAAAGAUGACUUCCUACAACAAAACAGUUAUUCACCAUAUGAUCGUUUCUGCCCAUUCUAUAAAACUGUGGGAAUGUUGAGAAACAUGAUCGCAUUUUACGACAUGGCAAGGCACGCAGUCGAAUCUACGGCGCAAUCAGAUAAUAAAAUAACCUGGAACGUUAUUAGAGACAGUAUGGGUAAUAUUCUCUAUCAAUUGAGUUCCAUGAAAUUCAAGGAUCCAGUGAAAGACGGCGAAGCCAAAAUCAGAGCUGAUUUCGACCAAUUGCACGAGGAUAUUCAACAAGCAUUUAGAAAUCUAGAAGAUUAAUUGUCAGAAACAAUAACACGAACAUAAUUUCUGUAUGUUCAGGAACCUUAUAUGCUGGUCAUUUAAGGAUGUCCUGGAUCUACUGCAGAGAAGUAUAACGAGUAUUCGUAAUCACGUAUCAUGCAUUAAACUGUUAUAUUAGUUUCAAUACUUACAAGAAACUUGUACAUAAAAUGUUACAAAUAUAAAAUUUACUAUAA